UAUAUAGGUACAAUAUUUUAACUUAAUUGAGUAACGAGAUGAUAGAAAUUAAAUAACACUAGAUGCACACAUCACUGGCGUAGAAUUGAAAUAUCUACUCUACUAGCUUACCCCAUUAACUAUCAAGGUUGUCUUUCUACGUACAUUAUAUACAUGUUCAAUAGCAAGGGUGCGUAUGCUAAUAGUUUGAGAAAUUCUUAAGAUAAGUUGUUAACUUUGACAUUCUCCUUAUAAACAAUCUAUAUGCAUGAUUGUCCUUAGAACUGAUAGGCCUGGAUGAUAAGGGAAAAAUAUGAAUUAUGGCUAUACAUUAUUUGUCCUAAAAAAUACAAAAAUAUGCAAAAAAAUAAAAUAAAUGACAACUUAGCUUCCCAAGGGCAAUAUAAACUACAGUAGUUACUUUUGCAUAACAUAGAUGACAGUCAUUUGUAGCUAACCCAUCAUAUAAUUAAUAUAUAAUUAGUCAUCAAAUGGAAUUUUAAUGAUCAUAGAAUUCAUACUACCUAAUCUUAGUUUUUCCACUUUAAUUGCUACAGUAUAUAAUCAGCCAUAUUAUAUAAACUGAGCCUCUUACAUCCCUAACAUCCCAUUUGUAUAUCACAGCCUUAGCUUUCUAAAUCAUAGUCCUAUAAAUAAAAUUCAUUUGCGUAAACUUUUUGUUCCAAUUUUAACAUAAAAUGGCUCCUACUCUUAUGCCUGUGCAAGAGAUACUCCAAAGCGGCGUGGUGCCUAAAGGCUACAUACAGCCCGAAGAUGACUACCAAGUUGGUAAUGGCUCUCCUCCGUUGAUGGAUGCUCCGACGAUUGAUUUUUCUCUCCUCUCAUCGUCGUCUCCUGAUGAGCUUGCAAAGCUUUGCUCCGCUCUCAGUUCAUGGGGCUGUGUUCAGCUAGUGAAUCAUGGUAUACCACUUUCAAUACUAGACGAGGUACGAGAAAUGAGCAAACAAUUCUUCAAACUGCCUCUUGAAGAAAAGGAAAAGUACUCCUCAAAGGAAGAAGACUUGGAAGGUUAUGGAAAUACAAAUGCUGUUCAACGUGGAAGUCUCAAUUGGAAUGACAAGCUUCAUCUCCAAGUUUAUCCCGAGGACAAGCGCCAACUUCAAUUUUGGCCUAAAAAUCCCGAAAAGUUUAGGACAACAUUGCAUGAUUAUUCAAAGAUGAACCGAAUGAUACUCGGGACGUUCAUAAAAGCUAUGGCACGUUCCUUGGAUUUAGAAGAAGACCGUUUUCUUGCAUUAUGGGGAGAUGAAAACGAAGAUAUGACAUUUGCAAGGUUCAACUUUUACCCUCGAUGCCCGAUGUCGGAUCAAGUUGUUGGACUUAAACCUCAUGGAGAUGGAACUGCCAUUACCAUGCUCUUGCAAGAUAACGAGGUUGAAGGUCUUCAAGUUGUCAAAGAUGAUCGAUGGUUUCGUGUUCCCGUCAUCCCUCAAGCCAUCACCAUCCUUGUUGGUGAUCAGAUGGAGAUAACAAGUAACGGCAUCUUUAAAAGUCCAACCCACAAGGCGGUGGUAAACCCUAAAUAUGAUCGGAUCUCCUUAGCAAUGCUUUUCAUCCCGAGUGCAGACAGAGAGAUUGGACCACUAGAUGAACUAAUCAGUGAAGAGAGGCCGCAGUUAUACAAAAGGCUCAAGGAUUAUGGCCAAGUUUACACACAAUCUAUUCCUUCAGGAGAAAGGCCUAUCAGUAUAGUGAAGAUUAUUCACUAAAAUUUUCUAGAUGUGCAUGAUUAUCACAUUGUUUCAUUGUGUGUUGAUCGGGACACAAAGAUGAGCCACUUAAUUUUCAAUAAUGUAAUGGACUAAUGUGUGUGUCUUAAUUUGAUUUGGUGUUUUAUAUAUUUACUUGUUAUUAAUUGUAAUAGGUACUAUCCUUGACACUCCCAACCUCUUGUAAUAAUGGAAUAGUCUUAGUCUAUUAUACAUCAUCUUGAUUCUUGAGGUAGUUUAUUGUGGGGAGGCAAAUAAUAAAAACAUUUACAUACAUAAUACAUAC